AUGGAUGACAACAACGAAGACAUUAAUGAAGACUCGGAUGAAAGUUAUGGAAAAGAAUUGAAUGAAGAAAUGACUGAAUCGACGGAUAAUGUGAACAGAAACGCGAGAAAAAUACAAAGAGUUAUGAAAUGGGAUUCAAAGCAAUCAUUUUCACACGUUAGAACCCAUGAGAACCGACGGAUCAGAUAUCGGUGUGAAUACAAAGAAUGUCACAAAACUUUUUUAAGUAGACCCGGUCUGAAGAAGCACUCUAUGACACACAUCACUCAAAGCACUUCCACACCAAUUGUCAAGAAGUUUAAGUGUCAUUACAGCGAAUGCCAGAAGAGGUUCGCGAGAAAAGAAGGUCUAACCGAACAUUUGGAGAGACAUUCAUCUGAGAGGUCCUACAGGUGUGACUUCAUUGGGUGCGGGAAGUGCUUCAAGACAUUGAAUGAUCUCAGACGUCAUUCAUUAGUACACAAAACGGGUCCCACUCUUAGCUGUGAUGUCGACCGAUGUGUGGAUAUGUUUUACACCGAAUACCACCGAAGCCUUCAUCACAAGUCUGUUCACAAUUACUGUCCAAAAGAGUCUGCGGUUUGUGUCGAGAAAAGACCAGUGUUUAGAUGCGAUGUCAUUGACUGCGGGAAGACAUUGAAGAGUAAACUGUCUCUCGAAAAGCAUAUACAGAAUAUGCACGUAAGCGGACCGACAGUCAAGUGCGGUAUUGAUGGCUGCACUGAUAUGUUCACAAAUGAACACCAAAAACGCAAACACCAAACCCUUGUCCACAAUCGGGAACCGCUCGCUUACAAGCGUCUGCAACACCGGUGCGAUUGGCCGGGAUGUGAGUGGACGGGCAGAGGGAUCACCGAACAUAAGCGCUCACAUACGGGUGAAAAGCGAUACCAGUGUUUAUGGCCCGACUGUGGCAAACAGUUCCGAAAGAGUUGUCACUUAACUAAUCACAUGAAUGUUCACAACAAUGUUAGGCCCUAUGCGUGUCAUUGGCCCGGA